CAAUAGUCCUAGAGCGGCGCUGAAGGCGGAAGUGGGUCGUGUUUGGAAGGAAAGAAGAAAGGAGGCACUCUGGCUUGAAUAUGAUGGUUAAACAUCUCCCUCCCUCAAGAGAAGCUUGAUAACUGUUCAGUCAGGGAGGCACUGAACUAAUCUGCUGCCUCAACUAUGCAGGAAAACACUCUCAUCUCCAGGACUGCAGGCCUGUCAUUCCCAGUAAUUUGGCCAAUCUUUUGCCAGAGUGAAAAUGUGACAGAAGAGAAAAGGACUUCUUUACCUAACCUGUUGUUUCUUUUGGAGCACCACUCAUUGAUGGAAAAGCAAGAAUUAAUAACAAGCUGUCCUACUGUUCAAACUGGGAGUAGAGGGGGAUUCUGGGAAGGAGGAACCAUGCAGAAGAGCCAGGGAAAGGAUCUGCUCAUUUCAGAGGUGCAGAGCCAGCACUUCAGACAGUUCCACUAUGAGGAAACUGAGGGGCCCCGGAAGCUUUGCAACCGACUUCAUGCUCUCUGCCGCCAGUGGCUGAAGCCAGAGCAACACACCAAGGCUCAGAUCCUGGACCUAGUGAUCCUGGAGCAGUUCCUGGUUGUCCUUCCCCCAGAGAUGGCGAACUGGGUCAAGGAAUGUGGUCCAGAAACCAGUUACCAGGCAGUGUCCUUGGCAGAAGGUUUCCUCCUGAGUCAGGCAGAAGAGAAGAAACAGGACGAACAGCAGGAGAUGUUUCCAGAAGAGGUCCCUGAUGUUAUGGAACAAGGAGUGCAGUCUAUGUGGAUGAUGCAGGGAAGGGAUACAGAUACCACCACAUUGGGAGAUGGAAGACUGUCAGGGCCAAGACGUACUGGCUCAGCUCUUCAUUCUGAUGCUUUGAGAACAGCCUCUGAGAGCUUGGAUCAGGUGACCUUUGAGGAGGUGGCUGUGAAUUUCAGUGAGGAGGAGUGGGCCCUACUGUAUCCAGACCAAAGGGCCCUGUACAGGAACGUCAUGAAGGAGAACAUGGAGAAUGUGGUCUCUCUAGGUGAUGAGCAGGAGAGUGGUGGGAAAGAAAAAGAACCAAGUAUGCCUUUGCUGCAAAGAGCCCAGGGUCAACAGAAGAAAAACGAGCAAACAAAAACUGCAACUCAAGAGAAGAUGAGGAACAAAGCAUCCGCUUCUCAGGCUGGGGGCAUCUGGGAAAUCUCUGUUCAAGAAAAAAUAGGAGGUAAUGGAAAGAAUAAAGGUAUUUCUCUUGAAUUUGGGCAAAAACCCAAUUCAAAUGACAUCUUUCAUAGUAGAGUUCACACACAAGAGAAAAAGAAGAGGUUCAGGUGGAGGUCACACUUGGUAUCACAUCAAAGAACCCACACAGGAGAGAAGCCAUACAGUUGCUUGGAAUCUGAGAGAAGCAUCAGUCAGAGGACUCAUCUGACUUCUCAUCAAAAAAUUCUGACCCUCGGGAAACAAUUCAAGUGUUUAGAGUGUGGAAAGAGCUUCAUGAAGAAGAUGAACCUCACACUUCAUCAGACAAUUCACACAGGGGAGAAACCAUUUAAACACCUGGAAAAUGGAAAGAGAUUCAGGCAGAAGAUAGUACUAACUAGUCCGCAGACAAGUCACAUAAUGAACAAACCAUUUAACUGCUUGGAGUGUGGAAAAAUCUUUAGUCGGAAUACAAACCUCAUUUCACAUCAAAAAACUCACACUUUGGAGAAAUCCUUUAAAUGCUUGCAAUGUGGAAAAAGUUUCCAUUGGAAAGCAAACCUCUCUCGACAUCAAUUAACUCACACAGCAGAAAAAGCAUUUAAAUGCCUGGAGUGUGGGAAAAGUUUUGGUUUGAAACAAAGCCUUACAGAUCAUCAAACAACUCACACAGGGGAGAAACCAUUUAAAUGCCUCGAAUGUGGGAAGAGAUUCAGGCAGAAGAUAGUACUUACUAGUCAUCAGGCAAUUCACACAGGAGAGAAGCCAUUUAAAUGCCUCGAGUGUGGAAAAAUCUUCCGUCGUAAUGCACACCUUAUGUCACAUCAAAAAACUCACACCUUGGAGAAAUCGUUUAAAUGUUUGCAGUGUGGGAAAAGUUUUCACUGGAAGUCAAAUCUCUCUCGUCAUGAAUUAACUCACAAAGCAGAGAAACCAUAUAAAUGCCUGGAGUGUGGAAAAAGUUUUGGUUGGAAGCAAAGCCUUGCACAUCAUCAAUUAAUCCAUACAGGAGAGAAACCAUUUAAAUGCCUGGAGUGCGGGAAAAGUUUUCAUUGGAAGUCAGUCUUGACUCGUCAUCAGUCAACUCAUACUGUAAAAUCCACUCACAAACCAGAGAAACCAUUUAAAUGCCUGGAGUGUGGAAAAACAUUUGGCUGGAAACAGAGCCUUGCAGAACAUCAGUUAAUUCAUACAGGGGAGAAACCAUUUAAAUGCUUGGAGUGUGGAAAAAGAUUUCACUGGAAGUCAAAUCUCUCUCGUCAUCAAUUAACUCACUGCAGAGAAACCAUUUAAAUGCCUGGAAUGUGGGACAAGUUUCUGUAGGAAGUCGGUCUUUACUUAUCAUCAAGCAGUUCAACAGAAUCAACUCACAACUGAGAACCUAUUUAAAUGCCAAGAUUGUGAGGAACAUGUUGGUUGGAAGCAGAGCUUGCAGAAUAUCAUUUAAUUCAUACUGGGGAGAAACCAUUUAAAUGCCUGAAAUGUGCAAAAUGUUUCUGUCGGAAGAAAAGUCUUUCUGAUCCACAGCUUGCGCAGUGAAUGAACCAUUUAAGUACUUGCAGUGUGGAAAGAGGUUUGUGGAGAUGGGAAAUCUUAUUCCUCAUCAGAUAAUUCACACAGAGAAGACACCAUUUAAUGCCUAGAAUGUGGAAAGAAUUUCAGUCAGAACAGUUACCUUGCUAGUUAUCUAUUAAUUCAUAUAGAGGAGACACCAUUUCAGUGCUUGGAAUGUGAAAAGAAUCUGUCAUUAAGAUCAUGAUAUGAUAUAGUAUGGAGACUGACAUUGCUUGACAUGUUAAUUAUUAUUAAUAUUUAUUUAUAUCACCACAAGUUUUGCACAGCACUUUACAGCAUCAUCAAAACAACAUAAAACCUGCCCAUGAUGUACAAUCUAAAAUCAUAAGCUAUAAAAUGAUAUACAGUACAUAAACAAUUUAUCCCAUUAAAAUACAACCAUAAAACUAUAGGCAAAUAUUACACCAUUAAUCUGGAUUAUUAGAGAAUAUCAAACUACGGUCCGAAAGGCUUCAGAGAACGGAAAAGUCCAGACUAGAAAUUAGUUAAUUAGUGAUAACCUUCUUGUAUUUGGGAAGCUAGUUCCAGGAAUAAGGUGUGGCAAGCGAAAAAGGAUGAACAUGUUAAAUAAGAGCAUCACUGAAUCUAAUGACAUAUUUAUUAGCACAUUGUAAAACUUUAUUGUUUAUGCUGAUGCAGAAAAAUCCCCAUGGAGGUGAUGAAAGCAUUUGAAAUUUUGGAAAAAUCCAUUUUAAUUUUAAUAAGGAUGAAAAUUCCCAUGGGUCCAUGUCUAUACAGUGGGCCCUUGGUAUCUGCUGGGUUUGGUUCCAGGUCCCUCUGUAGAUAACAAAAGCUGUGGAUGCUCAAGCCCCAUUAAAUACAGUGGCAUAGUAAAAUGGUGUCCCUUAUAUAAAAUGGCAAAGUCAAGGUUUGCUUUUUGGAAUUUAUACAUUUGUUAGAUAUAUUCAAACCAUGGAUUCUUGAAUCAAUGGAUAAAAAAAUCCAUGAACGUGGAGGGCUGAUUGUAUGUAAUAAUGGGUAAACCUGACAUAGGAAAACUAAAGUUUAUAUCACCUAGGUAAUGAUAUCUCGUCAUUAUGCUUAUCUGUAUCCUCUGACACUGAUGUAUUUUUUAAAAUGAAUGUGCUUUUUAUUGUCUUUGUGAGAUUAAAAUGAUAAAACGUUUUUAAAAUACAAAGAUACAGACAUAUUUUACUACAUUACAGCUUAUGGCAUGUCACGAAAUAAACAUUUCAAGCCUGCCUGUAACUUCUUUCCAGGUUAGGAAAUGCUAUUUUGUCACUGAAGAUAUUACAGACAGAUAUUAAUAAAUUAAAAUGAUUUCAUUAAUUUUGACAAUUAUAAGACAGAUUUAAAUUAGCUAAAUUAAAUUAAUCAAUUU